AUGUGCACGGAAGAUGAUCGAGUUCCAUGUCAAUUCAAGAACUUACAAUUAAAUCCGAAAGCAGCUCGUACAAUUUAUAAUAAUAUAAAUGCUAAAUUAGCAUUGACAAAAAAAAUUCGAACAAUUCCAUUAGAACAAUCUGACAUCGAGCAAACAAGCAGUUACGAUCGUAAAUUAGCAUAUUUUAUACGGUUUCAUUUGCCUGAUAUUUUGACAAGUGAUCAUCGUCAAAUUUGGUUUAAUAUUCAGACAAAAGCCCUUGAUGAUAUUGAAGAUCGUAGUCAAGUUUUGAAAGAAAUUUCUGAUGAGAUUCGUGUGGUUUAUAGUUUUGGAACCAUGCUCUCAUGUGAUACUUUUAUUGGACAUACAAAUGAACGAAGUAUUGCUAAUAUCUUCGUCGAAAACUUUCCUAAAGCAAUUAAAUUAGAAACAACAACAUGCUUUCUAGCAAUUAAAUUCAAAUUAUUUUCAUGCUUAAAUCAUCACCGAUCAUCGAAAAAAAAGAAGGAGAAAAAACAUGUCUUAGAUUUAUUCCCAAAUUCAUUACUGUGA